UCAAAACAAAAAGAGUGAGUACACUCACAAACAGAAGCUCAAUCCCCUCCCUGCAUAACCUUAUAUUUAUUUAUUUACGUGUCCAAGUUCCAAAUUCCAAACAUUCAAAAAUAAAUUAUUUCUCAUCUUAAAUUUAAAUUCUUCUUAAAUUCAGAAAAAAUAUAAAAUAAGAUAAAACAUGGAUGGUCAACAACACCCAAUUAAAGGAGGAUGGAAAUCUGCCAUCUUCAUCAUCUUUGUGGAAAUGGCAGAAAGAUUUGCGUACUAUGGAAUAGCGGGGAAUUUAAUGAUGUGCUUAAAUAAAAAGAUGGGACAAUCCACUGCCAAUGCUGCUAAGAAUGUGAAUUCAUGGAAUGCUGUUUCGUCGCUUGCUCUUUUUAUCGGCGCUUUUUUUGCUGAUUCUUAUCUUGGUCGCUUCAAGACUACCCUCGUUUCGUCUUCCGUUUUUCUCAUUGGAUUGAUUUUAUUGACGAUAUCAACAACUAGUAAAAUCCCAGAAAACGUGAGUACACCCUUAUUUUUCUGGGCGAUUUACAUAACGGCGUUGGGAGAAGGUGGUCAUAAACCAUGUGUCCAAACCUUUGCUGCUGAUCAAUUUGACGAGAAUACCCUUGAGCCGAGAAAAGCGAAGAGCUCGUUUUUUAACUGGUGGUUCCUUGGAAUUAGUGUUGGUGCAACAUCUGGCGUGCUAAUUGUUGUUUAUGUGGAGGAGAAUGUAAGUUGGACUCUGGGAUUUUCCAUAGCUACUGUCGCCGUCGGGUUGGCAUUAGCGGUUUUUGUCGUCGGAAGUUCCACUUAUAGAAAGGAGCGACCCGUAGGAAGCCCAUUUACUAGUGUGGCUCAGGUGAUUGUUGCUGCUAUUCGGAAGCGGCACAUUAUUGAGACCACCACCGGUCGAGGGUUGUGCUACGACGAUCAUGAUCUUGGUAAUGGUGGUGGAUCAGAUGCGCAUAAUUUGCCUCUUACUCACCAAAGUUAAGUUUAAUACUGCCUCAUUUUCGAAAGUUUUUUACUUUUUUUUCGUUUUUAGUUUUAGCAUGUUAAAAAAGGUUUUUACACUUUAUUUCAUUUUUGUACUAUACUUUCAUUUGGCCCACCAAAAUAUAUAACUUGUAAUAUUGUAUUAUGGUAGUCUAACAAUUUAAAAAAUAUUAUGAAAUGGACUAAACGAAAUGGGCAAAGAUAAUUUUAAAACGAAAGUAGUAUUUUAUUUUUUAAUAAUAUUUUUUUCUUUUUAGUAAGGCACAUAAAAUUAUUUUUAAAUAGGUAACCCUUUAAACAUCAAAACUUACUUCAUAAUAUAUAAAUUUAAUCAAAAUAUGUAUAAAGUUACUAAAAUUGGAUAAAAGUAUUCCAGUUUGUAGUAAAUUUAUUUUAAACUGGAUACGUGCAAUUGCUAUUGAACAAGUCCUACUUUUUAUAUUUGUACUACCUUUGUUUCACAAUACUUGAAACAUUUCUUUUUAUACGUAUUUCAACACGCUUUAAUAUUUCUAAAUGCGUAUAAGUAAAAAUUUAUAAAAAGUUAAUAUUUAAAAUAUACGCAUUGACAUGAAUUUAACAAGAUAUCAUUUGACUAUAUUUAUUCUUAUAUUAUGUUGAAAAGAAAGAUUGUCAAAUUUAACUACCAAAAGAAAAAUCAUGCAAUAUAUUACGAAAUGGGAAUAGUAGUAAUCGGACAACGUUAGGGCUUAAUCCAUUUAUUAAAAUUAAGGCAAUAAGGAGUAAGAUUCUUUCGAGGGACCCAUAAUCGGUUUUAUGAUGAGUUUUAUCUGCCGUAAACUAAAAAGCAACUCGAGGAAUGGCCGCCUAUUUUCAAAUGGUCAAAAUUAAGAACGCAAUUCAUUUAAAGCGCAAAGGCUACACAUACACUGGGUGUAUGUGGGCCCGCGAUACCCCGCUCAUCAAUUCGCCAGAUCCACAUCAUCGAAGCCACCUCAGCGUCCAAAUUUUCACUCCAUUUUUAAUCCUGUUUUGAAUUUGAAUUUCAAACCAUUUUUUUCUUUUUUUCUUUUUUUUCUUCAUCGAUGAUACCAAAGUCCUGAUUUUUUUUUGCGUUUUAAGUUUUUAGUUGACUUCCUUGUUGAAGAUCGUCAUUUGGCGAUGUAAAAGAUAAAAAGAAUCUGUAUUAAUUCCAAUCGCGCGAUAAUUUAUCAUAAUUUUUUGUCGAUUUUUUUUCUGGUAAAGUUAGUUGUUUAAUUUGGUGUAAAUAAUUUUUUUUUCAGUUUGAUUGUUUGAUUUAAUCUAAUGUAGUCGAUUGUUAGAUUUAACUUAAUUAGCUUGAUUUUUUUUUCAAAGUAGUCGAAGGUAGACGAAGAAGAGGAUGGGGAUCUGGGCGGAUUUUACAAUGUUCUGUUUGUUUCUCACUCCUGUUUGUUUGGGGAAGAUGACAAUCAAGGAAGAAAAUGGACCUAAGAAUAGCAAGUGCAAAGGCCAUGAAGCUCUUAGAUGACUUUGAGCAGGCUACAGAGAGAGAGGGUCAGGGCGCUGGAGGGCAUAAUGGAUCUUGAAUUAAUAUCGUGAUUUGAUAUUGCCAAACUGUUAGCCGAAGGCUCAUGCCAGAACCAAACACUCCUGAAUAUGAAGAACUUGAGAAAAAACCUGACACUGUAUUCUUAAAAACAAUCUCAAACAAGUUCCAAACUGUGCUUGGGAUUUCACUUAUAGAACUUUUAUCUCGACUCCUCGACAUCCUAUUGAUGAGGUGUAUCUCGGGCAAAGAGAGACUGUAAUAAGUUUGGAGGAAAUAGAAGAUAAGAUUGUAGGGAGGAACAAAGAUGAGAAAUUGAAGAACCGAGUUGGUCCAGUGAAGUUGCCAUAUACAUUGCUGUAUCCUUCAAGCGAUGCAGGACUCACGAGUGUGUGGGUUUGGUUGUCAGAGAUGGUUAAGUAUAAGAAAACAAUAAAAGCAAAAACCAAAAAAGGGGGGGGGGGGGGUGGGGGAGUAUGAAUUUUUUGGCUAUUACUCAGAAUCGAACCUUCACCUAGAUGACAGUGUAAAGCACUUUAAGAAGGCAAGUGGAGUAACCAAGUUGACAAUGAGGCAACCAUUGGCAUUUAACCAUAACAUGUACUUAUGUGUAACUCAGUUACUCGAUAAACCAUUAAUAUGUAAUGCAAUAGUUCAAUAUUUUUACUUAGUCGGAGCAACUUAAUACUGAUAAGUAAAGUUUACACUGAUUUGUUACUAACUUACUACAAAAAAUUACACAUUAGAAGUUAAUUAAUCAGCGGAAUAGUUAAUAAUAGUAAUACUUCAAAAUACGAAAAAAAAAAAUCACUUAAAUUAAUUUUUGUACAAAAAUAUUAGUUAAAAUAGUUGAAGAGGUGGUUGAAAAUUUCAUCGUGUGGUUGAUCCGGUGGAUGUCCUGAAUAGUGAUCUACGGUUGAUUUGAUCACCCUGAUCACCUUUGAAAUCUUUCAUGCAAGCAACUUUAUUUUGUAAUUAUUAACCAAGUAGUUAAAUUUCAUUUGUAAUGUGUUAAUUUUUUAAAAUUGUUUUUAAAAAAAAUUAUAGUAACAAACAUGCAACUGUUUAACGAAAAUAAUAGUUAGUAACACAUUACGUCCAUAUUUUUUGUUUAACUUAAAAAAUUAAUCAUUAGUAAAAUCGAAUAGGAUUGAAUUAGCCAUGGAAGAUUGAAUUAUACAUAGUUGCACAAUACGAAAAUAAAAAUAACAUAUUAUAACUUUGACAUAAUUAUACAUCGA